UUUCUUUCUCAGCUCGGUCCUCACUGUUGCUCUACAACUCAGAACAGCACCUGCUGAGACCACUUGGAGAAGAGGAUGAUCCUAAACAGAGCUCUGAUUUGGGGGAACUUCGCCCUGAUCACCAUGAUGAGUCUCUGUGGAGGUGAAGACAUUGUGGCUGACCACGUUGCUGCCUAUGGCACAAGCUUCUAUCAGUCCUACGGUGACUCUGGCCAGUUCACUUUUGAAUUUGACGGAGAUGAGUUGUUAUACGUGGACCAGCAGAAGAAGCAGACUGUCUGGCGGCUGCCUGAGUUCAGCACAUUCGGAGGUUUUGACCCACAGGGUGGACUGAGAGUAAUGGCUGCAAUGAAACAGAACAUGGAGAUCUUGAUUAAACACUCCAACUCUACUGCGGCUGCCAAUGAGGUUCCUGAAGUGACUGUGUAUCCCAAGUCUCACGUGGAGCUGGGUCAGCCCAACACCCUCAUCUGUGCUGUGGACAACGUCUUCCCUCCUGUGGUCAACAUCACAUGGCUAAGCAAUGGGCACCCAGUCACAGAGGGUGUUUCUGAAACCAGCUUCCUGUCCAAGAAUGAUCAUUCCUUCCUCAAGAUCAGUUACCUCACCUUCCUCCCUUCUGCUGAUGACAUUUAUGACUGCAGGGUGGAGCACUGGGGCCUGGACGAGCCACUUCUGAAACACUGGGAGCCUGAGAUUCCAACUCCCAUGUCAGAGUUGACAGAGACUGUAGUCUGCGCCCUGGGGCUGGCCGUGGGGCUCAUGGGCAUCGUGGUGGGCACUGUCUUCAUUAUCCAGGGCCUGCGCCCAGGUGGUGGCUCCAGACACCAAGGGCCCUUGUGAGUCACACUCCAGGAGGGAAGGGGCAUUGACAGUCUUUGAGAAGAGUGGACGUGCUAGAUGGCCGAGCACUGUUCUCUGACCAAGUUCAUCAUGUUCCUUCUCUCCUCCAGUACCCUUCCUCUUAUCCCUCCUCUGGGAUUUCAGCUGCUAUUCACUCAGAGCUCACAAACUGCUGGAGUUUGCUCCUCAUCUCCUGACAUUUUUUUCUUUUCUCAGUCAUUACCUACCAUGGGGAUCCCUGUGAUAUCCCAUCCAUCUACCUAAUUCCUUGCUACUCUGAUCUCCAUGAGAACAAUAAAUCCCCUUUAUGCAGUCUU